UAAAUAUUAUAGAGCUAGAUCGACUUAUUUAUCUAAAGAGGCGAUUAAAGAAAUUAAGAACUCAGCAGGUAAAGGACCUAAUAUUAUUUAUACUAUGGCAAAAAAGUACUAUAUAUCCCCUUCUCGUGUUAAGGAGUAUAUAGAAAAUCGAGAACGUAAACAACAAGUAGAUUUUAUACUUUCAAGUAUAUUAUCUCAAAAUUCUAGAUUUAUAGGCGAUUCUCCAAGUCAUAACUUUUGGAAUAAAGAAAUUGAAAGAAUAUAUAAUUUAUAUAGUGAACUUCCAUAUUAG